AUGCAAACACAAUUGCUGGUGGUGUUACAUUGGGAAGCUCUUGUUUAUCAUGCUAAUCCCCCUCACAAGUCACAGAUGCGACAACUCAAUGACUCGUUAUCAAUCUCGAGGAGCUUAUUGACUUCUGAGGUUCAACGUGUUAUCAUGCACGAGACAGCCACAGCUCAUUCCUCUGUGACGUCACCUAGCCUAUCCAUCAAUCAUCCACACACAGCCGCUGCCAUGCUCUCGCAUCAAGUCUCGUCAACCGGAACUGAUCUCGCAAAUCAAUUGGUAAGGCUCUCCACUUUAUGCCCAGACUUGACACUUCCAGCUGGCUACUUACUGGGAUAUCGAGAUAAGCAACGUACAUGGACCGCAAGGUCUACCCGUACCUUUUCGUCGUCCUUCUUACAAACAUCCCUCAGACAUGUGUACAUUCAUGUCGGCAGCACGAUGUUUCCACACGCCCACCGGAGUGGGGCACUAUAUGAGGAUCAAGUAGUCGGACAUGGCAAGCAUGUCAAGUGCGACAGGCCCGGCAAGCCCAGAAUCGGCAAUCCUGUAGAGGAUUGUGAGAUAAACCUGCGAGCAUUGAUGACUCUCGAGCAUGGUCAGCCAUAG